AUUUCCCAAUAGAAUGUUAACACGAUAGGUUAACGCUGUCUCUUGUUUGUUGUGUUAAGAACCUUGACUCAUUACCACCGAUUUGUUUACAGUUGUUAGCUAAUUGAGAGCAUGACUUUAGUUCCUAAAUCAGAAUCAGAUUCAGAAACUGAAAUGAUGAACGAUUGUUCUCAGCCCGAAGCUCGUAAGAGAAAGAGGGCAGAUUACUCGAAACUGUCUCCAGAUGAGCGCAAUUUAAAGAGGAAACUCAAGAACAGGAUGUCAGCACAACAAGCCAGAGACAGAAAGAAACUAUAUGUAUCAGAACUUGAAGAGCGAAUAGCUCAACUUGAAAAAGAGAACAGUAAUCUACGAAGGAUAUGUAGCAUGCAGUUAAGAGGGACUGACGAUUCUGCAGUAAUCACAGGUCCCCUGCCGUGGGCCCUCUUACUCUUGCAGCUACUUGCGCGGGUAUACCCGCACAAGAACCCUUCACCAAAUCAGUUGGGCGGUGCACAGCCACAACCCAGACUGACCCACCAGCACCAACACGCAAGACUUAUGUCGCUAUACUCAAAAGUGCUCCCGGGAAGGGCGCUCCCCGGCAAGCCUCCAACACCGGGUCGGUUAAAGCAGCUCCAGCUAAUCAUGUUAUAGUUGAGGGUAGUAUCCGUUCUGUGGAGAAACCCAGCUACAAGCCCCUCAUGAUUGCUCCUAAACCUAAACCAGCUGAGAAGAUCACCACUGUCCUUGCACAAGUCCCUGCUCCUGUCCUUGCACCUGUCCCAGCACCUGUCCCAGCACCUGUCCCAGCACCUGUCCCCGCACCUACUCCCAUAAUUCCUGAGGUCCCCAAAGUUGCAGAUAUCCGUCCUACUAUUACUCAGGAAGAUUCCAUGUUUGACUGGGAUGAUAUCUUCCAGCAGUCAGAAAAUCCAGACCUCUUCUCUGACAUUCCACUCUCUCUCGGAUCCCCUGAUUCUGGACAUGGCAGCGACUUCAUCGGAUCUGAACCGGAACUUUUUAACAACGAUGACAUUCCUAUGGACACUUUUAACACCGACAUCUCAGACUUAAAUCAUCUGUCACCUAUUUCGGAUUCUCUCGAUUUGGACUCAGACAAAUUUUUAUCGGAAUUCCUAACAUUUUGAAUAUUUAGAUCAUCCUGAAUCUUGGAACAUUUUAAAUUAUUGCAGUUUUUAAGUUCAUUUAAUGCUAUAGAGCGUGAUGUUAUCAUUAGCUAUCGUGCUAUCAUAGGUACUUGAUUAUGGGUACUUUAUUAUUAAGAUAAAUCGACUUGGUCCUAAUGUUUCAAAAAUGGUCCCUAUUUCAGUUAAACUCUUAAUCAUAUUCAAUUUCAAUUUUAAGAUGUAAAUAACAAUUAUGUGAAGUGAUUUGUAAAAUGAUUCGUCCUUGAAAGUUGAAUUAAGAUUUCCCUGCCCUUCAGAACUCUCGGGUUGUAGAUUUUUUCGUGAUUGUGCUUAACAGUUCAUUUGAGCCGGCAUUCAAAUGUUGUCUUUUCGUCAAAUGUUAUUCUUCCGUAUUAUUUCAAACGUAUCGUAUGUGAUGUGUGGGAUUCAUGCAUCGCAUGCUUUACGUUUAUUUGCAUGCAGAAGUGAUUUUCGCGAAAUUUGGUGAGAUAUUACACUUCACUAAUUCUUUACGGAAAAUGAAACAA